AUGACUGAGUAUGUCGAUGAGGACACUGUAAUGACUGACGAGAACUACUCUGGUUCUUCAGCCAACAUUUUGGAAAUUCCUCUCGAGGCAGAUGGUGAAGCUGUUACUAUUGACUUAGACAACGACUUGCCUGAGAACCCAUCGGAGAUUUGUGUUUUGUUGGAGAACGAAAAAUGUGCUCCUGAAUAUUGGCUUGCUGUUGGAACUGCGUAUGCGAGAAAUGGUCAGACUGAUAAUGCCAUUGAGGUUGUAAUGAAGGGUUUGGCCGCAUCAGUUGUUCAAAAAGAUUCCGACAAGCUACCAUUUUACAGCUGCCUGUCAUGGCUCUAUUUACGUCAAUUAAAAGCUGCACCUACAAGUUCCAGCGAUAACCUUGUCAAGACAAAAGAAGCUUAUCAUAGUCUGGCAACGGAAGCUAGCAAUAGGGCUACUCAGUUGGAUCGUGGCUGGUCUGUCAAUAUUCUCGCGCGUGGUGCUCUGACAAGUGCGGUUGCUCAGUUUGAUGACUCCCUAUCUUCAUUCCAAACUGUGCUUAGUCAAUCUAAUGAUGGUAAUCUUUUUGCUCAACUCGGUCGAGCGCGGGUGUUAUACCAUAAGAAAAAUUUCAAGGGUGCCUUGCAAGUGUAUCAGAAUGUUUUGUUGGCCCGGCCAGAAAUGGUCAAGCCCGAUCCUAGAAUUGGUAUUGGUCUUUGUUUUUGGAAACUUGAUGAUAAGGAAGCAGCCUUAGAAGCCUGGAAUCGAGCUCAGGAAUUGCAGCCUAACUCACCCACUGUAAAUACUCUCCUUGGUUUGUACUAUAUGGACGCUGCUUUAAGCAACAUUGAAGCCGUGGACUUCGCAGAAAAUUACACCAAGGCUCUUAUGUUCAUUCAGCAGGCUUAUAAAUAUAAUCCGACGUAUUCCGCUGCGGGCCUUGCUUUAUCAACGUAUUUCUAUUCAAAGAAGAACAUGGAUGCUGUGUUGAAGCUCAAUAACUCUGUAAUCAAUUAUGCAGAUCUUCCUAUCCUUCUGAGCGAUGGUUACUUUUGGAUGGGCCGUGCCUACCAUUCAAUGAAUGAGCUUGACAAAGCCUUAGAAUUCUAUCAGUUGGCUAAUAUUAAGAACCCUAAUUCGCUGUUGCCAUUGAUUGGUAAGGGCUUGGUUCAAAUGAGCAAUGAAUCAACUGAGGCAGAGGCGUUACUGACUUUCGAAAAUGUUGUCAGUAACCACCCAAAAUCACUAGAAGGUUUGUUGUUACUUGGGCUUCUUCAAGCAAAGCGAGGCAAUACGCCUGGAUCCUCUGAUCCAAAACGAAUAAAGCAAGCGAUUACUUUAUUGGAGAGAUAUCUAUCCCUGGCUGAAGAGUCAAAAGAGACGCCAGCUACUGAGGCUCUUUUAAUUCUUUCGCAGCUCUAUGAACCUACUAAUGUUGAGAAGGCUCUGGCCAUUAUCAAGCGAGUAGGGGAGAAUCAGGGCCUUGAACCAGGUCAACCACUGGACAGUGUCCAUUUGAAUAACAAUAUUGCCGUUCUCUAUUAUCUCAACGGCCACUACGAUCUUGCAAGACAGUACUUUGAUGGAGCCCUUUCACUAGCCAAAGAUGAUAGCUCCAAUUCUAACUUCAUACCGACUCUCACAUACAAUAUUGCCAGAUUAGAGGACGCUGUUGGUGAGCCUGAAAGGGCUCAGGACGGGUACAAGAAAGUUUUAGAAUUAGCGCCAGAUUACCUUGACGCUAGGAUACGUUCCACUUACUUGGCGAUAGCAUUGAGCUCUGAAGCGGGGGCUGACGAUAUGACCAAACUAAUGGAUGAUCACGGUGAUAACUUGGAAGUUCGCUCGUUGUAUGGCUGGUUUUUGAGACGAAGAAAGAGGACAGCAGCCAAAAGUCUCAGCGAAGACGUGGAACAAAAGCAUUAUAAACAUUCUUUGGUCGAUGUUGAUAAGCAUGAUAGCUACUCGCUGGUUGCUAUGGGAAAUCUAUACUUGAAAGUUGCAAGGGAGAUUCGCAUCAAUAAGAACAGUGAUAUUGAAAAGAAGGACAAAACAUAUUUCAGAGCAGCGGAGUUUUUUGAUAAAGCUCUCCAGAUUGACCCCCACAAUGCGUUUGCAGCGCAGGGUAUUGCCAUCAUAUUCGCAGAGACGAAGAAACCUGAACUAGCUUCGUACAUCUUCACCAAGAUUAAGGAAACUCUCAAUGACAUUUCUAUAUAUGUCAACACGGGCCAUUGUUUAGUUGAGUUGAGACAAUUUGAAAAGGCAAUUGAGGCUUAUGAGUAUGCUCUCAAUCGAUUCAAGAAUGGUAACGAUCCACAAUUAAUGACAUUGCUUGGGCGAGCUUGGUAUGUCCGUGGUAUGACGAAUAAAGACCAUACAGCCCUAAAAACAGCCUUAGAAUACUCCAAGAAAGCUUUGGAGCAAGCCACAGAUAACACAAGUCUUGCUUUUAAUGUUGCCUUUCUUCAAUUCCAAUUGGCUGAAUAUAUUCGUCGUGCACCUGAAUCGCAAAGAUGUGUUGCAGAAAUCGAGCAUGUAGCUGAAGACCUGGAAAAAGCCAUCAAGUCGCUCGAUGAAAUCGCCAAGAGCAAGUAUCCUCCUUUCCCUGCAAACGAACUUGAGCAGCGGUCUCUUAUGGGUCAAAAUACACUUCGUAAACAGCUUGACCGUGCACUAGCGGAACAGCGUGAGUAUGAUAACACAGUAGCUGUCAAACUAGAAGAAGCUCGUAAGAAGCAACAGGAGGAGAAGGAUAGGUUGAUGCAAGAGGCUGAGAGACAAGCUGUAGAAAAGGCUGAAAGAGAACGAUUGUUGGCUGAAGAGCGAAUUAAACUUCAAGAAGAGGCAGAGAAGUGGGCUGAAACUGCAAGACUUGAAGCGGAAGCCCUUAAAAGUACUACUGUUGGCGAGAGUGACACUGAAGAUGGGAAUGCCGAGAAGAAGGAAGAAAAGAAGAUCCGGAGAAAGUCGACUGGAUCUAGGCAACCAAAACAGAAGAAGCCCAAAGCCGAAAAGGAGAAGCCAAAAUCCAGCUCUAAAAAAUUUAAAAGUGAAGACUUUAUCAAAGAUUCAUCUGAGUCCGAACUUAGUGAUAAUGAGUUAUUGUCAGAUAUCAACGAGAGUGAUAUCGAAGAUGACGAUAGGAAGCGAAAACCAGGUGAAGGUAAUGAUGACGAUGGUGAGCCUGUUGACACGGGUGCAUCUUCACCAAAAAGGAGAAAGCUCACAAAGCGCAUUGCUGAUAGUGAUGAGGAUGAGCCUGCUGGUGAUGAUUUAUUUGGUGAUGAGGAGGACUAA